GCCUAGUUUUGACUGUAGUGAGUCUGCGCAUUGUAGGACCUGCUGGUGGGGAAACCGGAAAUCAGUCAUUAGCGUUGCCAGAUUGGUUGUGUAGUUAUAUUUUUGUGUAAAGCAGAAUGCUAAACAAGACUUUAGAAUGAUGCACAAAAUACGUCUGACUUGUUAUGUCAUUUGAUUUUGUGUAGUUUAUAGUCGUAUAGGCUCUGAUUUAUAUCUUGACUUAUCUCAUAUCAUCUGCUGCAAUCUGGCAACCCGGACAAAGAGCGAGGCGUUUAAAGCUGCGAGCAUCAACGCCACAGUCAGAGACACAGAGAGCGGGAGAGCAUCCGAGGAAUUCAAAUAGUAUACAACUUAGCUGUAAAAAUCCCUGUCAAAAACCUAUCCUAUAUAUCAACAGUCAUUCACUGCCUAAUGGCUACGGCUACGAAGGAUAAAGGGAAGCCGGUACUUAGGGAUGUAACUGAAAACGCAUCCAGUUCGGCACACAGCAUCCAACAGAAUAAUAACAACAACAACAAUAACAACAACAACAACAAAGACAGCGAAGGAAAUGAUGGAACGACGUCCACGUCUGCACCGAUCGACACAGAGAGUGUUAGACAAGGGUCCGGAUCCGGGGUCACCGCGAGCGCCAAAUGGGUCCGGCUCAAUGUCGGCGGUACCGUGUUCCUAACGACGCGCCAGACACUGCUCAAAGAGCAAACAUCCUUCCUGUACAGACUGUGCCAGCAGCAAGACCUGCAUUCUGACACGGAUGAAACAGGCGCCUACGUGAUCGACAGAGAUCCCACAUACUUUGGCCCUAUACUCAACUACCUCCGACAUGGGAAACUGGUUUAUAACAAGGAACUGGCUGAAGAAGGUGUCUUGGAGGAGGCAGAGUUUUAUAACAUCACUCCACUGAUUAAACUAAUUAAAGAGAGGAUUCUUGAGCGAGACUGUAAGGCCUCUCAGCAGGUACCUCCGAAGCAUGUCUACAGGGUUUUGCAGUGUCAGGAGGAGGAGCUGACGCAGAUGGUGUCCACGAUGUCAGAUGGCUGGAAGUUUGAGCAGGUCAGCGUACGUGCCUGCCGAAAGCCGUGGCCCGGACUGCUCUGGACUAUGGUGAAUAUUGGCUCAUCGUACAGCUAUGGUACAGAGGACCAGGCAGAGUUCCUCUGUGUUGUUUCCAAAGAACUGCAUACAUCUGGUGGAGGCCUGGGGACUGAGCAGAGCCACAAGAAUAAGGCAUCAGACACUCAAGUGGAGGAAGGAGAAAAGGAGGAGAAGGAAGAGGAAGACGAGAGAGAAAGAAAUGACACCCCAAAUGAGUGGUUUUAGAGAUUAGGAGACUUGUGUCAUUGUUCCAAUGACAAAAAUGGGUGAGGAUAUCAAAUACUGGGUGUUUGUUGGUGGUAGCAAUAGAAAUUUUGACCUAUACUAAUAGGUGAUAGGGUAUUUUAUUUCAUUGCAUCAGAACCUUUUACUUAAGUCUGUAUUAAAUAGAAAAUGUAACAAGCUAGUUUACUGUUUAGUUAAUAAGCUUUAUGUGCAUUCUAUAAUAAACAGACUGUAACAACGAACAAACUAUAGAAGGUUUCAUAAUAACUAUUACUAUAAUUGCUAUCCCCUAACAGUCAUGCUAUAAUUCAGAAAAAGCUAAAGCUAUUUAGCUUAAUCUCACACUGAAAAUAUGAGAGAAAUCUAAGUGUUCCCCUCAUUCAUCUUUAGUAACUGCUCAAUCCUGUUAUGGGUCACAGAGCCAAUUCCAGGACAACUGGGCAGAAGGCGAGAAUUCACCCUGGAUGGUAUGCCAGUCCAUCACAGGGCACCAAGGAUAUACACAUUUAGACACUCAGUCACACCAAUGAGCAAUUUAUCUUUAGCAAACUAACCUUCUGGCAUGAUUUUGGGAGGUGGAGAAAACCUGGAGGAAACCAAUGUUUAAACAGGGAGAAUUUCCCUUGAGUCUGUAAUGAUUGUUUCUGGAAAAACAGAAGAACAGAAUGAAUGUUGUAACCAUCGGACAUGGAAUAGCAAUUAAUUCAAAUCAAUAAAAUGAAUUAUAAAUUAUCAGUUGGGAAUUGGUGAGAAUUGUAUUAGGUAUUAUUUAAUACAAGGAUAAUAAGAAGGGUGCAAUGAAAUGAAAUAGUCUAGACAGCCUCUAUUAAAAAUAGCUAAGCAUGCUUGCAAACACAACAUACGGAUAAAUAACUAUAUAUUUACUUUUUAUAUUUUUAUAUUAUUUAUUUGUUUGUUUGUUUGUUUGUUUAUUUAAUAUUUACAUUUUUCUACAUCUUAAGCAAAAGUAUUAUUUUCAGGUACACUAUACUUUAUUCAUAUUGACAUGGGUGGAGUGUUAAUGUAAUAUAAGCAUAAUAUUUGUCUAGCAAAGUCCUAGUUUCUUAAACUAUCAUCUAGUCAUCAUCAUCUUCGCCUACAUCUCCAUCUAUGGAAGUUUUUUCCUUAUUAUCAGAACACCUAUUCAGCUGUUAUUAUUAGAAAUGUGAAAAUCGUUCAAUAAUGUAAAAUCCCAGAUUUCCAUUCUCAUGAUAUUUUUAUUUACCACUUUGCAGCUUUUCCAGAUUCAUGGAUCCCGGAUGUAAAUUAUACAUCUUUUUUUUGUAUUGUAUUGUAAUUAUUAUUUUUUUCAAUAUCAGUAGAUAAACCAGCAUCUGAAAAAACAAUCAGGAAUGCGGAUGGAACUGUGUGUGCUGUAGCUGGAGAAAGUAUUAUUGUUUAAGCAAGAAAAGGUAAUAGAUCUUACAAAACCUGUGACCAAAGGGCAACGAGUGGUAAAACUCUACUACCAUUAGUGUAAUGAAAAGGGAUUAAAAAAAAUUACACCUGGUCCACGAUUCAGCAUUCACUCACUAGAAUAUCUUACUCCUACCAUAACCUUAUAUCAGCAAUAUGAAGAUUGUUGUAAGCAUCUAGACAAUAUUAUGAAAUGCGAAAUAAUUCGUAUUUCUGUGUGAAAAUGGCUGUGAAAAUGUGACUCAUAUAAAAAUAUGUGAACGUGAAUCAUACAGGCACGUAGCCUGAAUACCAUGUAAUGAAAAGUAGACUUGCUGUUAUACAUUAUUCUGUGCCGGGUGCUGAAUUGCUCCAGUGUUGUGGAUGGUUUGUCUAAAAUUACCAUCAUAUAAUGUGAUACUCACAACAGGUUCUGGUUUUAAAGCUAUAUUAUAAGAUUAUGUGAUGCCCUUUUGUCUUGCAUUUAUUAUGAUGUUAAAAACUCAUUUUAAUUCUGAAGUACAAUAACUCAGUUCAACCAGAAAUUCGGUUAUUUAAAAACAAGUCCAAAAGUCAGCGCAAGAUCAAAACUGAGCUAUAACUAAGCAUGUUCAUUACACACUCUGUAGUGUUGCAAAUGUUAAUUUUUUUAGAGAUAUGAGAGAAACUUAAGUGUGUGAAGUGAGAGCUUUCACCAUUAAAAGACCAUUUUUAAGCACUUACAAUGUUACAAUGACACACUUUUCUAUUCAUUCUGAAUAUUUUAGCCAGAUGGCAAUCGUAAUCAUAAUCAUGUCCUAGGUUUUAGGUUUGUAUGUAUUAUAGGUCGUAUACUGUAGGUUAUACUGAGUGUAGAAUGUUAUUUGUGAAUGUAUAGAAUGCCUUCAUAUAGAAAGCCAUCCAAUUUUGUAUGACAACACAAUAUACACUAAUGCAUCAGAAUGGUAUUUUCUUUCUUUGAUUAAUGCAGCGUAGUUUAUUUAUUCUUUCUUUUAAAAUGUUCCAAUUUUGGCUUAUUAAUUCAUUCAUUCUAAAUGUAUACUUUAAAACUAAAACAAAGUUGUGGUCCUGUACACUGUACAUGAAUUUGAGGUGAGAAACUUAUUGCUCAAGCUCCCUUUUCUUCCACCUUCAUGACAGACAAUUAUUUUAUUUUAACAGCAAACGUUGCAUAAAUAUUCUUUAUGUUAAAAUCAUAAUCUUGAGCCACACCUAUUAGGUCAGUCAUGAACUAAUAGACUAAAGUGCUUUGUUUUGUUUGAUUAUAUAUCGAUUCUUUCUUCUAUUUAUCAAUUUAUAUGUUUUUUGUUAAUGGAAUUGGUAAGAGAUUAUCAGUAAAGAACACAGGAGUUCUUUUUCUGUCAAAAAAAAGAAUAUCACCCAAGUUUCCGGCCGCUUUAAAAGGAACACCUGGACACAUGCUAAUUCCUGCAAUUUUCCAAACACACAAUACCAAAUAUAGGUCUGGAGCUUUUGUUAGACCAUAUUUUUCACACACAACAGUCUGUUUUAGUAGUGUUAACAGUCCAGUUAGUAGUGCUUCUGUGACUGGAAAAGCCUUCUUACAGUCUGCAAGGCAGGCUACUGUACAGGCUACACUCAAAUACACUCUUUACAAUCGUAUUAAGCACAAAAGCACAUCGGAAUGCAGAAGAUGUUAAUCCUUGAAGUAGAAUAACUAAGUCAAUAUCAGGAAUUUAAGUUACAGGUUGGACAGGUUAAGGUUGGAUCUUCAGUACAGAGCACUUCUAUUACUGACUGGCUAUUUAAUAAUUGGAUAAUUGCAUGAAUAAACAUGUAUACAGGUGUUGAAAAAAGUGAUACUUCUCUCUAAGGGAACAAGUAAACACAAACCAUGCCUGCAUAAUGUCUCCUAUGACAAGAAAACCAUCAGUUUUCUAUUCAUUUGUCUAGAUUAAAAUUGUGUGCAAUUGCAAGUAUUAGUGAUUUUUCAACAACGUGACAUGCUGAAAAUUACUAGAGAUCUUUUUGACAGUUCCAAUAUACUUAAUAAAUAUCACACAUUUUGAUCAGUGCAUUAUUCAGGACAUUUUCUUAACCAAACAAAUCAGUCACAUUUGUUGAUGAAUUGAUGUGGGAAUAGCAAAUAGAAAGUUCAAAUAAAUGUGUUCUUAAUAAAAAAAAAAUGCUUUA